AAGUCGCGCGUCGUCGGCGACCUGGCCGAGUUCCUGUCCUCGGACACGCGCAAGUUCUACACGCAGCACGGCGUCCCCUACCGCCGGUCCUACCUCUUCUACGGCGUGCCCGGCGCGGGCAAGAGCUCGCUCAUCGCGGGCCUCGCGGGCAAGUUCCAGCGCAACGUCUGCUACCUCCAGCUCUGCGACAAGGAGAUGAGCGACGACGCGUUGAAGACCGCCAUCCAUCGCGUGCCGUCGCGCAGCAUCGUCGUGUUGGAGGACAUCGACGCCAUGUUCCAGAAGAACCGGCAGAAGAAGAACGACACGCCGCUCACGUUCUCCGGUUUGCUCAACGCGCUCGACGGCAUCGGCUCCAACAGCGGCCAGAUCUUCGUGCUCACGACGAACGAGCGCGAGAACCUGGACGAGGCCCUCAUCCGCCACGGCCGCGUCGACGUCCAGGUCGAGUUCCGGUACUGCGUCGCGGAGCAGGCGUCGCUCAUGUUCGAGAACUUCUAC